UUUGAAGUUUAAAAAUACCUAUGCCUGGACUCUUGGGCAUUUUUAUUGAGUCUCAUUUUGGUCAUAUGUUUUUUAAUUGGUGUCACGAGGAACAUAUGCUCUAUACUCAUUGCUUUUCCACCAUGCAAAGUUUAGUUUACUUCCCAACCAACAAGCAGCUGAUGACGAACUCUCAUCUUACAAAUAUGGUCCGUCGUCACAGGUUGUAGCUUCUUCCCCUUUGAAGAGAUUUUUGGAAAAGCAUAAAAUGUUACGAACAACACGACUGGUUGUAGUAUUGUUAGGUGCUUCCAUGGUCAUAGGAGAUGGCAUGCUCAUUCCAGCAAUUUCAGAUGGAUGUCAUUCAUGAAAAUGCUCAAGUUGCUCAGGGCAAUGAUGUCAAAAGCAUUGACACUGUGAUGCAAGAUACUCAAGAGACAAAUAAUGCAUCUUCAAACUCUAAUCCUAAGAGGCGAAGGAAACUCACUUCAAAUGUGUGGUCUAAGUUUGAAGUACUUCCAUUGGGUUCGGACAAGAAGCAAAGGGCUAAGUGCCUAAGAUGCGGUAUCACUUACUUGUGCUCUAGCAUGUAUGGUACUGGAAAUCUAAAACGCCAUAUGGCAUCUUGUAUGAAACAACUGGACCUUGGACAAUUAGUUGUGUCUCAUAAUGAUAAUGGUUCUUUGAUCACAAGGUCAUCUAGAUUUGAUCCUAAUAAAUUUUAUGAACUAUUGGUGGAGCUAUUGUUAAGCAUGACUUGCCUUUUCAGUUUGUUGAGUAUGAUGGGAUUAGAAAAAUGUUCACAUAUAUAUGUGCUUAUAUCAAGUUGAUAUCUAGGAACACUUCUAAGGAAGAUGUAAUGAGUAUGCAUGCUAGGGAAAUGAAGAAGCUUAAGAAAACUCUACUUUCUAUUCCUAGUAGAAUUUGCUUGACUUCUGAUUUGUGGACUUCUAUUGCAACGGAUGGUUAUCUUGCUCUCACUGCUCAUUUUAUUGAUGAUUACUGGAUAUUGCAAAAGAGAGUAUUGAAUUUCAGUUAUAUGUCUCCUCCUCAUACUGGUGUGGCUUUGUCUCACAAAAUCUACAAGUUGUUGGUGGAUUGGGGUAUUGAAAGAAAAUUGUUUUCUAUGACUUUAGACAAUGCUUCUGCCAAUGAUUGCUUUGUUGAGUCACUGAAGGGACAACUAAGGCUAAGGG